UGUAUUUUCUGUUUUUCACAAAUGACAUUUGAGCAAUCUUGGACAUAAUCCAAUCUCGUUUAAUGCAAGUGGUUUAAUGUUUUCUGAUAAAAAUAUUGCCCUUGUUUUGAUGCCUGUUGUGUCAGUUGACUCUACUAAAAUCAGACUGAUUAUGACCGUAAUUAAUGAAGCGAUCUCCUGCUUGUAGAGGUUAAUUUCAGUUGAGUGCCAAUUAACAACAAAUGUCACCCUAUGGCUUUUUAUAAAAGUUUGUUCAAUUCAGUCAAAUUCCAACUGAUCCCAGUUAUCAAACAGUGCAUCAAGUUCAGUUUAUUAUUCAAAAUAGCUUAAAAUGUUUCUAAGGAAAUCCAUCAGAUUACAUAGAGUCAUUGAUGAUAUGUAUGGGUAUGAUACACCCCUCCUGGACGAGCAUAAAACGACAGUAGACAAUUGGAUGCAUUGUUAUCUUUAGAGUAAUUCCUCAUACCAAUCAUGCAUAGUGACAAUAGAGGAUAAACUCCCAUUUAAUAGGAAGAAAUCUCCAGCAAAACCUGGCUCAGUACAAGUGACCACUUGCCAAGACUGAGUUCUUCAUUGGAGUCAUACAUUCUUUACCGUAAACAAUGAGUAUCAGAAAAUUACUAGAGUCAGAUGUCAAAGUUAGAAUGCAACGUCCCUCUGAUAGGUAGAAAUUGACAUACUGCACAAAACAAGCAGUAGGUGGCACAAUUUCAUACGUGGAAGAAGUUUGGUGAACAAAUCUGCAAAGACAAAAAGUAAGUGAAAUAGGCGGAUAAGAGGAGACAGACAAACCAACUUAGUUUUUCAGAUCUCAUCGAUUUCUAUGGAAAGGUUGCUAAUAUCUGGUGGUGUAUUAACCUAAGUCAUGAAUGCCAAUGUGGAUGGAAAACCUUUUAACACCCUCUUGUAUUCUACUUUCUACUUAGCAUUUGUUGAUUACCCCAAUUAAAUUUUUGCACUUACAUAAUUUCUGUGGAGGGGUGAACUUAAGUUGAAUAAUGCAAAUAAAGGGGAAAACGAAUACAAUGUGACAUACUCGAAAGAAAAUGCUAGAAGAAAAAUGAAAUGAAAAUUAUAGUACUUUCUGAAAGGGAAAAGUUGUGCAACUAAAACAUAAAUUUAUUUAAACACAAGGUGGAGGUUGCAGAUUGUACUUUAAGAAGCGUCAAUUCUUUAGUAAAUUAUCGCUCGCCUUGAACCCACCGGAUGUUUAAAGCCAAUCAGUGUCUUCCAGCUGUGUUUAUUAGCGUCGCUCCGGGCAGCGUGGCUCCUUUCUCCUGUCAGGCCUCCCCUGAGCUCCGCUGUAAGUAGCUGCAGCGGCCCCGACACGAGAACUCUGUCUCCGGCUGUCUCUAUGGCCAGGACCGGGUUCUGCGACUCCAAGGCCCUGUUGGACUUGCACAAGAAGGCGGAUGAGAGGAGAGCCCCACUAAGAACUUGGGCUAAUGCCUGUGGGCCUAUAGAUCGCUUUCAGCCUGUAGAAGUGGAGGAGUCCAGAACGGCCCCAGUCAAAAUGGAACCAGAGAGCAGAUGGGAAAGGAGGCCAUCAACUCAUACCAGUGAAGUCCUCAUCAUGGGUUUCCAUGAGGAUAGCAGGACAUGCAAGGCUGCAGAUUGCUGUGUGGAGGCUCCAGUGCUCCUCUACCCGCACGGCAUGCAGGGGCUUCACAGCCUACACACCCUGGUUCCCAGCUUACUGAGACACGAAGUCGAGAUAGCACUUGAGAAUCUGGACCUUAUUUGGGAUCGAACGUAUGCCUGGGACAUGUUCUUGGACAUGAUGAGAACUCAAAUGCAAUACUCCUUUCCCAAUGCUGAUCUCCCUCGCCAAUUCACUGAUGCUACUCGAGCUAUCCUAAUAGAGUGGAUCAUUCAAGUUCAUGAGUUGCUACAGUUCCAGGAAGAGACUCUCUACCUAGCAAUACACCUCCUCAACCACUCCCUGCGACAGCUGAAGGUGUCCGUAGCCAACCUCCAGCUCCUUGGCAUGGUUUGCCUCUUUCUUGCUGCAAAGAAAGAGGAGAGCCUCCUUCCAGAGGUGUCUGCACUCUGCAGCUUGAUGGACCACACCUACACAAAGCAUCAGCUUCUGCGAAUGGAACGCAAAGUUUUGUGUGCGCUCAAGUUUGAUCUGUCCUUCAGUCCCCCGCUGCACUUCCUCCUCCUGUUUGCCUCUGUUGCUCGCUGCAGUGCUACGGUGGUGUGGAUGGCUCGUUAUCUACUAGAACUCUCUCUGCUAGAGGCCCAGUGUGUGGUGUUUCUGCCUGUACAGCUGGCUGGCGCAGCCCUCUGCUUGGCCCGCCAAGUUCUACAGGAAUGUCCAACGCCAGAGGGAGAGGCUGCAUGGUGUCUGGCUUCCAGCAUCCAUGUUGGCAGUGAGCCUACUCUGCUGAGGAUCAUGCAUAUUCUAGCUAGUGCUGCAGCCAAAGCCAGCUCCCAAGAGACCUGUUCUACUUUUAUUAAAUAUUCAUCCCCAAAGAGAUUGCAAGUCAGUAGACACCCAGGUCUCAAUAAUGCUGCAGGUCUGCUGAGUGUUUACAGUUGACAUCUCUGAAUUGGACACAUUGAGUACUCUGCCUAAGCUCAAUCUGAACUAAUAUCACUUGUGUUUUAUAAGGAGCUGCAGAUUAAGGGUCUGAAGUGUGAGAAAUUUCAUGCUGAAUGUUGACAAAUUGUUUGUUUCCUUGCAUGGGAUUUAGCCGAGAAUGUAGCAAAGUUCGUUUUAUAAUAACUUGCAGCCAAUUUAGAAAAUACUUUAAUUGUACUGAUGUGUUCUUGUCUUUUGUGGAGAGGAUGUGGGUCGUCUGUCAACAUGUAUGAAAUCUUUUUAAUGUAAAAUAAAGUCUGCUGCAAUGUUU